GUCACAAAGCGCCAGUCUACGUCUCCUCAUCCAGCCCCAGCUAUGACAGUCCUAGCCGUAGACAGAACAGAACAGGACGGAGCAGGCCAAGGAAUUGGCUUUCCCAGAGAACACCGUUCUUCAAACAGUCUCCUCCUCCUCCUCCUCCUCAUCAUCAUCAUCAUCAUCAUCAUCAACCAUCACCUCUUUCUCCUCACGUCCAUGUGGAGGAGACGAGGGGAAUCAGUCGCUUCUCCAUUAGCCCAGCAACCAGCCAAGCGCAGCAUCAGUUACAUGAUUGCUCCGUCGGUAGUCUACGGCUAUUGGCGGAUGUUAAGAGAACGCGUCAGCGCUGCCGACAUCAUGUAG